AUGAACGAAUGGACGUCAAGAUCAAAGAAGUUUGAGAAGGCGUGGGAGGACAAUGACCCGAGAAAAGCCUAUACUCUGCUAAGGCAGUACAGUGGCAAGGUGGUAUCACUCUACGAUACGGUUAUCAUGUUUACGCUCCGUGGUUGCAAGGCACGCUUGACCAACGCGAUCAACAAUUUGACGCGGCUGGUCAACUCGGCGAACUCCAAUUACCCAACCGUCUUCUAUUCGGACGCCCAUCCGGCAGUACAGCUCCGCACCCUCCAGCGUCGAAUCGAGGACAUGGGAAACGCCAAGAUCUCCAUUGAAAUAGCAUUGGAGACACUCCAACAGCGCCACGAACAUGCCAUAAGCUUUAUCGAAAACCAACCAAACGCCAUAGAGCUUAUGGAUGCCUUUGACAUCUACUGGCGCGAUCACAAAGCUGACGAAAUGGAACCAACCGCAACCGCUACCAUCUUUGCCCUCGACGAUCUUAUCCGCAAGGAAACCGAACUUGCAGAUAUGCUUCGCACCACUAUAAGCGCAUCCCCCACACCACAAUAUAACCCUACCAACACCACAGAUGAGCCGAUGGAUGCCACAUCCAUCAGAAACCCUGCCCCAACACCACCGCAUAUGUCCGGAGGCUCAUCACCACCAUACCACGCUGCGGACACCAUGAAUGUACAACUCCGCAAAGUAGAACUACCUACCUUUGAUGGGGAUUUCUCCACCAAUUACGAUUUCUGGGCCAAAUUCAAGACCGCGGUCCACGACAAUCCAUCCCUAUCCACCGCUGCCAAAUUUGCCCAUCUCAGUAGCAGCCUUAAAGGUAGUGCCGCACUUGUUGUACAGGAUUAUGACAUAACCAAUCCCUCCAACUACCACCUAGCCAUUGAAGCCCUACGCAGACGGUAUGGCCGUCCGCAGUUCACCCAUAAUUUCUUUUUGCAGAAAUUAGAGAACUUGCCAGCGUCGUCUGCCGCCGCUUCAUCGCAGAGGGACACGUUAUGCCAGAUCCAAACAUGUGUCCUGCAGCUCAACCGCUUCGAGGACACGUCAACAUCGCUAUCGCUCAAGAAGCUCAUUCGCAGCAAAUUUCCACGAGAGACUCAGCUGGAAGUGAACAGGAUGGAACACCGACCACUUUUAUCCAUCAGUGACACAUCAUCAUCACCGCAUGUCCUUCGACCAAUAGAUUUCGUCUCACCGCAAGUGGAACUCCAAUUACCAUCUCCGCACCACAACCCUCUCUACAUCCCUCCAAACCGUCUUUCGGAAUGGUAUAAGGAGACACUCGCCGUAUUGAACAACUUCUGGGACAUCUGGUACAAGGACUACUUAUCCGCAAUAUCCGCACGUCACCAACACCGUAUCCAUCAAGGAAGGUUCAGUCCACUCAUUCCAUCGGUAGGAGACGUUGUUCUCAUUGCCGAUAAGAAUGUUCCACGUGGACAAUGGUCUUUAGCCAUCAUAACCACUAUCCACCGCACCAAAUCCAACAUACCCAGAUCAGCCACUGUCCGCAUUACAAAUGGUCAUGAGUUGCAGAGAUCGACCAAUCAACUACAUCCAUUGGAGAUUUCUGCAAAGGAAGCCCCGCGACCGAAGAAGAGCCGCCAACAACUGCAACCCACACGGAUCCAACCACCACGAGCAGCCAAACGGGUACGAUCCACACUUGGUACGACGCGAGCGUGA